AGGAUUGAGGAGAGAGAAGAGCAAAAAGAAGGAAAGAAAGAAAGAAAGAAAGAAAGAAAGAAAGAAAAGGGGCUGAUAAUAAGAAGAAAAAAAUAAAAUGGAAUUGCCAAUGCCAUGCCAUUCUCUCUUCUCUCUCCUUAUUUUAAUUUCUUCUUAUGGGUUUGCGAAUAUUGAGGCUUUUAACCUCACAACCAUAUCGUUCGACGAGGGUUACGCUCCUCUCUUCGGCGAUGGCAAUCUCGUUCGCUCUCCCAAUGGCAGGAGUGUCCGUCUUCUCCUUGACCGCUUCACAGGUUCUGGUUUUAUUUCUUCAAAAAUGUACAAGUAUGGAUUCUUUAGCGCCAACAUCAAGUUACCAUCGGAUUACACAGCCGGCUUAUGCGUUGCAUUUUAUACAUCAAACCAAGACGUGUUUGAGAAGACGCACGAUGAAUUAGACUUUGAGUUCUUAGGAAACGUAGAAGGGAAGCCAUGGAGGUUUCAGACGAACUUGUAUGGAAAUGGCAGCACAAGCCAUGGCAGAGAAGAGAGAUAUCGAUUAUGGUUCGAUCCCUCCAAGGAGUUCCACCGAUACAGCAUUCUCUGGACAGAAUACAAAAUCAUAUUUUUCAUUGAUGAUGUUCCAAUCCGAGAAGUGUUGCGCACCAGCGAAAUGGGCAGCGAAUAUCCAUCAAAGCCAAUGUCCUUGUAUGCCACAAUAUGGGAUGCCUCAAAUUGGGCAACCUCAGGCGGACGGUACAAGGUUAAUUAUAAAUAUGCACCAUUUGUGUCCGAAUACAAGGAUCUAGUGAUAGAAGGUUGCCCUGUCGAUCCAAUUCAGCAAUUUCCAGUAGCUUCUACGAGCUGCUCCGAGAGCAAUGCAAGGCUGGAGAGUGCAGAGUAUGCCACAAUCACACGCAGGCAACGCAUGGCUAUGCGUAGAUUUCGUCAACGUCUUAUGUAUUAUUCUUACUGUUAUGAUACAUUAAGGUACUCCGUGCCGCCACCGGAAUGUGUAAUUGAUCCCAUUGAGAAGGAACGAUUCAAGGACACUGGAAGAUUGAAAUUCGGCGGUAGCCAUCAAAGUCACAAACGCCGGUCAAGGCGUCGGGGCCGACCUCAUGUGGAUGACCGUACUAUCUAAUUUUAAUGUCAAGUGUUGGCCUUUCUUUGUACCAUAAUAAUAAUAAUAAUCUAAAUUGCAAUUAGAUUCGUGUUAUCCUCUCA